AUGGAACUCAGUGUCAACGCCAAAGAGCAUGGCAACCCUCUCGGGCUAGGCACUUUAAUGUGCCUGCUUUCUCUCAUGCUCAUCUUUCUCCUUCAAUGGAGGGAUACAUCCGUCUCGCAGAACGGACUGCCCCUGAUUAAUGCAAGGAGACGAUUUGAAUUUAUCGACUUGCUCGCUAAGAAACGUUUCAUCACAAACGCACAGGAUCUGCUCAAAGCUGGACUGAAAAAGGCAAGUGCAUUCAACAUAGUCACCGAAAAUGGGGUCAUGAUGGUCCUGGACCCCAAAUAUGCCGACGAGAUCCGUAAUUCGAAAACACUGAGCCUCCGAAAGACUCUAAUAGAGGACAUGCAUGUCAAUGUUCCUGGGUUCGAGCAACAGAUGCAAGCUCUGGAGGAUGAUGAGAUCUUUCAGACUACUUUGAAGACAAAAUUGACCCGGAACUUGGAGGAUCUAAAUGAGAUACUGUCUCAGGAGGCAACGGUCGCAUUGCAGGAACAUUGGACUGACGAUUCCGAAUGGCAUGAAAUCCCCCUGAGCCGAACGAUGCUCAAGAUCAUCGCUCAAAUCAGCUCCCGAGUCUUUCUAGGCGAUAAGAUUUGCCACAACCCCAAAUGGUUACGGAUUUCCGUCGACUACUCCAUCGACCUAUUCCAAGCAACAUUCGAACUGCGCAUCUAUCCUCGCUUUCUGCGCCCCUUGGCGUCCAAGUUCCAGCCAUCUUGUCGAAGGCUUCGUGCCGACAUACGAGAAGCCCGAAGCAUUAUCGAGCCGGUCAUAGAGGAACGUCGAAAAGCCAAGGCCAUCGCAAAGCUGGAAGGGAGAGAUCCAGAACGUCAUGAAGAUACAAUAGAGUGGUUGGAGGACGUUGCGAAUGGAAGACAGUAUAAUCCUGUCUCUGCGCAGUUGUUGCUUUCCAGUGCGGCUGUGCACACCAGCUCCGAUAUGCUCACGCAGGUAUUAUACGAUUUAGACGGGCGGGAAGAGCUCAUUGAAGCAAUGCGAGACGAGAUCAAAUCUGUCUUCAAUAAUGGUUGGGAAAGGUCCUCGUUGGCGAAGCUAAGAUUGAUGGAUAGUGUGUUGAAGGAGAGUCAGCGCUUAAAGCCAAUCAGCAGCGUCUCCAUGCGCCGCAUGGCCGAGGCACCUGUCACCUUAUCCGACGGCACGAUCAUCCCGAAAGACUGCAAGAUCAUUGUCCCUUGCCUCCGACAAUGGGAAGAGAAAUAUUAUCCUGAACCCGAAACCUUCAUUCCCGAUCGCUUUCUCAAGCUCAGAAACGAGCCUGGCCACGAGCACACCGCAGCGUUUGCUAACUCGUCCCCGAAUCACUUGGGCUUCGGACUGGGCCGACACGCAUGUCCGGGAAGAUUCUUUGCGGCGAACGAGAUAAAAUUAGCGUUGUGCCAUAUCCUGCUGAAGUACGACUUCAAAGUUGUUGGGAAAAAGCCCGAGACGAUAGUGUUUGGGACAAUGUUGGCGGCGGAUCCGAAUGGGGUGAUUGCGGUCAGAAGGAGGCAGAGCAAGGAACAGGUUCGUCUGUAA